ACGCACGUACUGCGGAAGUGUCGCGGGAAACAGAAGAGAUCGCAGCACUAGUACCGCUCACGAUUAGUUCGGACUGUAAAGGCGGAUAAAACCCCUUCAAAAUGUCGGGAUUCGACACAAACCCUUUCGAAAACCCAGUCGAUGUCAAUCCCUUCCAGGAUCCUUCUGUGACUCAGGUGACUAAUUCUGGAAUUGAUCGCAUUGAACAUUUCAGUCCGUUCCCUGAUGGCAACUCUGGAACCACCAUCCCAGCUUCAACCACUCCAUCUCAAUCUGCUGUACUGCAGCCAUCAGCUGACCCCAGUCCACAGGCUACAGCUGCAGCUGCGCAAGCAAAUCUGAUCAGACAGCAGGAGGAGCUGGAGAGGAAAGCAGCCGAACUAGAUCGACGAGAACAAGAACUACAGAACAGAGGAGCUCCUACAGGCAAACAGAACAACUGGCCUCCUCUACCCAAAAUGUUUCCCAUCAAGCCGUGCUUCUACCAGGACUUCUCCGAGGAGAUCCCACCAGAGCAUCAGAGACUCUGCAAAAUGAUCUAUUACCUAUGGAUGUGGCAUUGUGUGACGCUGUUCCUGAAUGUUCUGGCGUGUUUGGCGGAUUUCACCACUAAUGCAGAAGCAGGGGUGGACUUUGGCCUCUCCAUCCUCUGGUUCAUUCUGUUCACCCCCUGCUCGUUCCUCUGUUGGUACAGACCUGUCUAUAAAGCCUUCAGGUCUGAUAGUUCCGUCAAUUUCUUUUUCUUUUUCUUUAUUUUCUUCGCUCAAAUCGCCGUGUCUGUCAUUCAGUGUGUGGGCAUCCCUCGAUGGGGGAACAGCGGCUGGAUUGCCGCUAUAAACGCAAUUGGCUCAAAUAAAGCAGUUGGCGCCAUUAUGAUGGUGGUGGCGGCAUUCUUCACUGUGUGUGCUGUGAUGUCUGUUGUCUUACUCAAAAUGGUUCAUUCUCACUACCGUCACACCGGUGCCAGCUUCCAGAAGGCACAGCAGGAAUUCUCCCAGGGCGUCCUCACAAACCGCACCUUCCAGAGUGCUGCAGCCAAUGCGGCCGCCACCGCCACCCAGAGGAACUAGACCCAGAAAGCACCACCAGAAUCCCACAUCUCCUCCGUACAGCCUCCUCUCCAUCGUCCUGGUGGUCCACACGGAACCCAAAGCCCAGCUACGAUCCCCAACGUUGCCCUUGUUCACCUGCUUUGGUUCUUGGUCUUAAUUUGGCCUUUGGACUACUGAGGCGCUAGUUUUCAAAUAUUUGUGGUUCUUUUAUUUUUUUUUGGAAACAGAAGGGAUGAAGUUGAAAUGUGUUUGUAUAUUUAUAUGUACGCAGUAAUGGUUUCCUGUAUACUUUUUUGAGCUUGGUUACGCUGUAUAUAAAGUCAUAGUCCAUGGUGGUACAGGAGCAAUUGAUGUCCUUAAAAAAUGACCAUGAGGGAUAUUAAACCCUUUGCAAUUCCCUUGAUAAUGAAGUCUAUGUUUAAAUGCAUGUUUAAGUAAAGGUUUAGAUGUUGAUUGCAAUUCUGCUAUAAUAUAAUUACUAAAGGUUCAUUUGUUUA